AUGAACAAUAUUCCAUCACAUCAUCCAAUAUUCACUAAAACACCGAAUGUUUCACCAGCCAAUUCAUGUUCUUCACUAAAUUCAUAUGAUUAUACUAAUCCAAUUCAAUAUAGAAAUCAACAGAAUAAACAAUUUCAUUCAAUGUUUAGACAAAAAAAUAAAAUAAUUUGUAACUUAUUACCGGAUCAAUGGUCAUUUACAAAUAAUAAUAUAAAAUAUGCCAAAGAAAUCAGUCGGUACAAACCAAAUGACAAUCAUCAAGAAAAAAGUAAGUGA